CCCAGCGGGUCCCGGCAGCGUCCUUCCCGCUCGGCCUGGGCCAGGGUAGCUUAGACGCCUCUUCCCGCCUCCCAACACAGCCCGGGGCGGGAGGCGGCGCAGUCUGCCGCGGGCACCGGACUGAGAUCAUCUCCUCGUCAUUUCAAGCUACCGUUGUCACUGCUGCGUGGGGUUUCCUCCUGUGUACGCCUGUCCGUAAGAGAUCUGUUGCCAAAACAUGCUUGUGUUUAUAGUGUUUGGGUCAUGUCAGCGUCCUUGACCCAAAGAGAAUACUAAAUUAAAAGGCUGUCUGUGGAGGUUCUUCAGCAACAUUUCCUGCUUCUCAGUAUAGCUUUCCUGGCCACAGAAGGCAGAGGAGGAGAUCCAGGACUCAGAGUGAUGUCAGAACUCAGUGAUGAAGCCAGUGAAUCAGAGCUGCUAAGCCGCAGCCUUUCCAUGUGGCAUGGUGUAGGUCAAAUGCUCUGUCGAGAAGAAUUGGAUAUUCCGCUGGAUCUACACACAGCCUCCUCCAUUGGCCAAUAUGAAGUGGUUCAGGAAUGUAUUCAGCGAGGAGAUGCAGAUUUGAAUAAGAGAAACUGUGGUGGCUGGACCCCGCUGAUGUAUGCCUCCUACAUCGGCCAUGAUACAAUUGUGCACCUUCUGUUGGAGGCAGGAGUGAAUGUAAACAUCCCAACACCAGAAGGGCAGACUCCACUCAUGCUGGCUUCCAGCUGUGGCAAUGAGAGUGUUGCCUAUUUCCUCCUCCAGCAAGGUGCAGAGCUGGAGAUGAAGGACAUUCAUGGCUGGACUGCCCUUUUCCAUUGCAUCAGCACUGGACACCAACAGAUGGUCAAAUUCCUAUUGGACAAUGGAGCUAAUACCAACUGCAGAGAGCCACUGUAUGGAUAUACUCCUCUGAUGGAAGCAGCUGCUUCUGGCCACGAGAGAAUUGUCCAGUAUCUUCUCAAUCAUGGUGUGAAAGUAGAUGUGAGAGAUAAUAUUGGAACCACAGCACGGACCUUGGCCGUGAAGUAUGGACACAUGAAGAUUGUGGGACUGAUAGACCUUCACACAGCCCCUGUGCCCAAGGUCUUCUGCAGGGGCCCAGGAAAAUAUGAAGAUCUCAGCUCAUCAGAUGAAUCAUGCUCUGUGCCACAGAGACAAAGACCUGUUCGUAAGACCAAGGGCCCUAGCAUCCAUGAGGGGCCCCAGGCUUUGGCUAAGAUAACAGCAGUUGGAAUUGGAGGGAAGAAGCAAUCUCGAUAUGAACAGGUCCCUCUUCAGGGCUAUGUUACAUUUAAUGAUGAUGGCAGCUUUGAAGGAGAGGCUCUCCGGUACCGGGAUGUCACCUCUCCAAUCAAUGAACAGGACGUGGAGAGCAGUAGCAGCAGGGAAGAAAACAUGUUCUCCACAAGAAACUUGACAACAGUCAGAAGCAGCAGCAGCAGCAGUGAAUGUCUGGCCAAAACCCUUGGGAUGAGCAGUGAAGGGUCACUGGAGAGCAAUGAAGACUCUGACCAUGCCAAAAAGCUCUCUAGUCGGAAGCAAGCAAAAAGCUACACAAAGGUCAAGACCCGUUACAGCAGCAGUGACAGCCAGUGGACACACAGCCCUGGGAAAGCUGGAGCAUCUAGUCAGCAAUGCAUGGUCCAUAAUCUCCCAGAGCCUCCUGCCUACACAGGGCCCCAGGAUUUGGCAACAUUUCUGGAGCAGAUCGGGUGCCUGAAGUACCUCCAGGUGUUUGAAGAACAGGAUGUUGACCUCCGCAUCUUUCUGACCCUUACAGAGAGUGAUCUGAAGGAAAUAGGCAUCACUCUGUUUGGACCCAAGAGAAAGAUGACAUCUGCCAUUGCUCGAUGGCAUAGCAGUGCCCGGCCACCCAGUGAUGCCCUAGAAUUAGCAUAUGCAGAUCGGCUUGAGGCUGAAAUGCAGGAGCUGGCCAUUCAGUUGCAUAAGAGAUGUGAAGAGGUGGAAAUGAUGAAGGGACAGGUGUCCCAGGAGCAGGAGUUGCGCGCUGUGGUCGAGAGCUGUUUGAUGGAGCGAGAUAUGGCCUGGAAUGAUGUCCAGCUUCAGCUGCAAGAGGCACAGGCCAUAACGAGAGAUGUUGGGGUCUUACUAGAGCAGAUCAAAACCUGUCAGACUGAGUUGUCCUCCCGGCUGAAUCAAGAACAUGUGGCUAGCAGGAGGCUGGAGACAAAGGCAGAACUGAGAAUGGGUCUUGAAGAAUGGCCAGCAUCCUUGAAAUCCUUGAGCCUGCCUGAGCUGUCAGUUCUCCUGGAGGAGUGUGUGGGAGAAAUGGGGAAAGCCCUACAGUCUGUGACUCAAAACCUUACCAGGCUUCAGGACCAGGGGCGGAACAAGCAGAACUGGCCAGAACCCUAACAGAAGAAUGGAGUUCUGACGUCGGGUGACUUCCACCCGGAAGCUGAGUGAGUCUGGGAGAAUGAGCACGAGGGCUGGUUCGACAGUACAGCUCCUUUCCUCUCUGAGAGCACAGAGGGAAGUUGAGGCAGCAGGUAUCUGGAGGAUGGUGUUGAUCAGCUGGGAACAUGCUUCAGAGAGCGAGAGACAGCAGAGAAGAGGAGUCACGUGAGCAAGCAACCCCAUGGUCCCAAGACAGUUGCUUUCCUCAUGCCAACAAUUAGUGCAUUAGCUGAAACUUUGAGAAUGGAGGAGUCAGUCUGCCUCUGGCCUCUCCUGGAGACCCUACCUACUUUGCCAUUUAAGGUCAUGUGAUUUUUUUUUUUUUUUUUUGAACAGCUAACUGUAGUCAACCAGCCAAAUUAUUCCACCUUCCCCACACUUCUCUGAACCCUUGAAAUGCUUCCCUCUGCUGUGUGGUAUCUGCCAGGAGCUGUCCCAGGAAAUGUACCUGGUGCAGCACUGGAGGCUGGAC